AUGUAUAUUUGUGAAAUUGUUUCUUCUAAUCGUAAUAAAGAUAAAAUUAAUGUUUAUGGAUAUAUAAUGCUUAAAGACAAAAAUCGAAAUCAUAAUUAUUAUUGGUAUUGUGAAAAAUGGGAUAUUUUAAAAUGCAAUGGACGAGCAAGCACUAUACUAACUAAAGAUCAAUAUAAUCUUGUAAAAUUUUCUGAACAUAAUCAUGCAGCAGAAGCUAGCCAAAUCAAAGUUAUUCAAGCUAUUGUAUCUGAUAAACCACAAACUUUAGAGAGUUUUAUCAUUCCUGAAAAUAUGAAAAGAACUUUAGAUGGGGUUGACUUUUUGGUUAGAGAUUUAAUUAUUAGCAAUAAAAGAUUGUUGAUAUUUACAACUUCUGCUAAUAUUAAUUAUUUAGCACAAUCAUCUAUUUGGAUUAUGGAUGGAACCUUUAAAACUAUUCCAAACAUAUUCAAACAAUUAUACACAAUUCAUG